AUGAUUCAGGAUUACUUCGGUCAGACCAUCGGCAACGUCAAGCGUGCGAUGCUCACCUACGGACCAAGCGGACGCAGCCGCGGCACAGCCACCAUCGUCUUCCGCAAGGGCGACGCCGGACAGAAGGCGGUCAAGCAGCUCGAUGGCGUGAAGGUUGACGGCAAGCCGAUGAGGGUCGAGCUCGUCGUCGGUGCGACUGAGGUGCCCAAGGCGCCAGCUCCCAAGGGUCUCGCGGAUCGCGUUGCGCAGCAGCCAAAGAGCGCGGCCAGGGAGAAGAACAAGCCCAAGACCAGCGUUGCGGCGGCGGCGACUACGAACGGGGCCACCAAGACUAAGGCGAAGAAGCCGGCACGCAGCGGCAGGCCAAAGAAGAAGACGGCUGAGGAGCUCGACGCUGAGAUGAUGGACUACUUCGGAGGCGAGGCUCCGGCCACGACCACGACUACUGCUCAGCCGGCCGCCGCGACGACGACGACCGGUGGUGACGCGAUGGUGGACGAGGUGUUGUAA